UGCAAUUUUUCAUGUCCUGCAUUGUGUUCUGGGUGGUGUGUUCCUAACGUGGCAUUUUCAAUCACUUAUUAAUGUCUGCCUGUGUUGUUUCUCCAAAAAUAGCUCCGUGGUGCUUUUGGGAAGCUGGAGUUAACUAAUCCCAAAACACACAGCAUGUGGACAGUGUUGUCAUUCGUGUGGCACCAGACUCAUAAGUUUGAAGGUCCCGUCCUAGAAGGAUUUCCAGGGAGAUGCUAGAAGGCCCCAUGAGCUGUUAUUGCUCAUGCCUGCGGUAUCUAAUGACGUGAGCUGUGCUAAGAUUCCUGCUGUGCUUCGUAUGCACACUGUGAGCCUGUGAUAUUAAAAAAGAUGGUGUUUUGGCGUCUCUGCUGGGUGCCAGUCUAGCAGAGCCUGGGCUCCCCCAAAAAUGUCAAGGAGGAGCAUUAGCUAUGGUUCAGGGAUGAUUAAGUUUCUUGGCCAAGUCUGAUUACCCACUUGGGAUAUUUGUAUUUCAUUAUAACUGACACCGAGACACAUGUUUGAUUUGGAACAAAUUUCAAGCAGGAACAAGUUUCAGCAUCUGCAUUUCCACGGUGAGCACAGUGAGGGACAGAACAGGUUAGAGCCUGCUUGGCUGAGGGUGGGGAGCUCUCGGCAGGGAAGGGAGGGCAGGACCUGCAUCAGGUACAGGGAGAGGGAAGGAGUACCUUGAGGAGCUGAUCUUCCUCCCCUUGCAAAAGGGGUGCUCUGAGCUCCCAGUGUCAGGUGUGUGUCUGAGGGAGCCGGGAAGAGCCAGCUCCUCCCCAGAGUGGGAGGCUGUGCCUACCUGGUGAUUAACUCCCCGGCGGAGGAGUGCAGCUCAUGCUGAGUCCUGAAGGAACCAGCUGGGAGGAGCCCCGGAGCGCAAGAGGGCCAGAAGAGACCUGGAGUCAGACAGGACUAAUCCGGGUGGAGAGGCACUUCUUAGCAUCAACAGCUCUGGUCAUGUUCAACUACCUGGCGGUAGAGGUGAGACCCCAGUUCCACCGUAGCUAUGGGGGCCAGCAAGGGGUGUCUGGGCCACUGAAGAGCCGCCUGGAGCAGCUGAAGAAGCCGUGGUGGAGGGAGCCCACCCCACUGGUGCUCCAGCACAGUGAAACAGCCAGGCUUGCCAUAGACGCCUUUCUUGAGCAGGGGGAACGCGGCUACCUGAGUGCCAUCGCUGAGGAACGGGAGCUGCCUUUUCUUUCCACCCUGGACAUGGAAUAUAUGAGCCAUCAGAGAAACCAAAGCUUUCCAGAUCCCAGCUCAACGAAAGACAAAGAGGCUGACCCUGGCAGCGCGGACACUGGGGACGGGUCCUCCCUCAGCUCUGAACUAACAUCUGGCACCUACUUUCCACUCAUGUCUGAUGUGCACCCUCCAGAGCUGGAGCUGGGGUGGCCAGGGGCACCACUGCUCACAGUGUCUGGCCAGACUCAAGCCACUGUGAUUUUCCAAAGAAACAAAGCUAACAGCAUUAAGGAUUUGCUCCGUUCUCUGAUCAGCCGGGCACGGACGGUGAUAGCGAUUGUGAUGGACCUGUUUACAGACAUGGAAAUAUUGUGUGACCUGCUGGAGGCCUCGAGCAGACGGCACGUCCCCGUUUACCUGAUCCUGGAUGAAGAGUACUUGAAGCAUUUUGUGGAAAUGUGCAACAAAAUGGCUCUUACUCAGGACAAUUUCCCAAACAUGCGCAUAAGAUGUCUGAGCGGAGACACAUACUACAGCAAAGCAGGCAAGAAAUUUGCAGGCCAGGUUCUGCAGAAGUUUAUCCUGAUUGACUGUGACCAAGUUCUUGCUGGUACAUACAGUUUCACCUGGCUUUGCAGCCAAGUCCACACCAGCCUGGUGACCCACUUCCGUGGUCAAAUUGUUGCAGAAUUUGACAAGGAAUUCCGGUACUUGUACGCAGAGUCCAGAGCAGUGACUAGUUUCUGUGUACCAGAUCCUGGAACAUGCCCCUCUUCUCAGAAUACCUCAAACAUUGCCAGCUUCCUUUUAAAACCCCCACAGGUGAAUGAUGCUGAAACCUUGAGCCCCUCCAGCAGCCUUUCCAAUGUAAGCAUCAGAAGCAUAAAAGUGUCUCCCUUUCUGAAAAACUCCAGCUGCAAUGUACACCAGGAAAAUCAAGAUGCAAACUCUGAUUCUGGUAAUAAGAAGGGGAAGGAAGACACAGCUCUGAAGCCCACCUGCCAGAAGCAGCAAGGAGAACCGCCAGACGCACCAAACAAUCCUCCAAAUAAACCCACCCCAGCCUUGUAUCACAAAUCAAAUCUCGUGACAGCAAGGACAUUCUUGCAGCCAGAGCCUUCCCCUGCCUUGAGCUCCAAUAAACCCAGUUAUCAAGGGGACAACAGCGGCCACUGCUCCCCGCUAAGACAGGAGCAGAUGUUGCAGUCCCUGUCAGAGGGUGCCAGCAGCAACGGGACAAGCACGAAGCAGAAAGGGUCUGCUGCUGCCUCCAGGGAACCGACAGCAGAGAACGACACCACUUGUUAUGGGAUGGAAAAACGACAGAGUCCUGGACAAGGAAAAUUGGACCUGCUGUCCCCAUACAGCCAGCUAAAACGAGAGAAAAAGCCUGUCGUCCCUUGCUAUGACAAGCUCCCUGAGGACAUGCUGAUGGAAAAGAACAGCGCGUAUGGGGCUGAGAAGAGAAUGACCCUCGGGCACAGUAAGCUGGAUCUGAUCACCAAGUACAACAAGUUAAAAUCUAAACACGUACACAGUCGGUUCGAACUCUGACCUGGACCUCGAGGUGUCCUUCGGUCUUAUUUUCAAGCCGUUGGUUUUCCCCCCUAAUCAUCGUACCCGGGGCUCGAAAUCACAAUAUGGGUGGCAAUUAGUCUUGUUCCUAUUAAAAGCUGUCCGUGCUGUUUCUAAUAUA